AUGGUGGUCACGUCAGUUGCUGGUCCUAACGGCUUUACGACGGCCCUCGUCCUGACUCACGGCGCGAAGGGUGACCUGUCCGCCGGCCGACUGCCUCUGUAUGCCAAGGCGGCGGCGGAGGCCGGCGUGCCAUGCCUGCGCAUCACGCUCGCGUCCCGCAACCCGGAGGAGCGCGCGCGUAUCAUGCAGGCCGUGCUGCUGCGCGCGGGCACCCUGAGCAGGGCCCUCAGGGGCGUGCGGCGCUGGGUGCUCGGCGGCCACUCGCUGGGGGCGCGCGCGGCCGCGCGGGCGGCGCUGGGGAUCAACCGCAGGCCGCGCGCGCAGGGGGGCGGCGACGAGGGCGGGCAGCAGCUGUGGGGGGCGGGGCACAGGGCUGUGGGGCUCGUCCUGUCGUCGUUUCCGGUGCACCCGCCGGGCAAGCCGGAGCUGCUGCACGACAAGCUCCUGGGGGCCCUGAAGCUGCCGCUGCUCUUCCUGCGCGGCACCGCUGACCCCUUUAGCACGCCUUCAGGCUGGGAGCAGCUGCGCAGCAGGAUCGGCUCGAGGGACGUCGAGCGGGCCGCGGCACAGCAGCGCCGCCUCGGGGCGCGGCCGGUGCGGAGCAUGGCCAGCGGCGGGCGUCGGGUGUGUGAGGUGCAGGGCGCAGACCACGCGCUGCGCAUCAGCGGGCCGCGCGCGAUGCAGGAGCCGGUGGACAGGCAGCUGGCGGCAGCGCUGACGGGCUUCUUGAAGCAGCGCCUGAAGGAGCGCGGCGGCGCCCGCGGCGCGGCGGCGGGCGUGAAGGAUGCGUCGGAGGGCAGUGGCGGCGAGCGGCGGCGGCGGAAGCGGCGGCGGCGGCUGGGGGCGGCCGCGCAGGGCCGCGCGUCGCCCGCGGGCGCCGCGGCGGGGCGGCGUAUCUAG